UCUUCAGAUCAUCAUGCCUGAACCAGCUAAAUCCGCACCGAAGAAAGGAUCCAAGAAGGCCGUCACAAAGACCGCCGGUAAGGGAGGAAAGAAGCGCAGGAAGUCCAGGAAGGAGAGUUACGCUAUCUACGUGUAUAAAGUCCUGAAACAGGUUCAUCCUGACACCGGGAUCUCUUCCAAGGCGAUGGGAAUCAUGAACUCUUUCGUCAACGACAUCUUCGAGCGCAUCGGCGGUGAAGCGUCUCGUCUCGCUCACUACAACAAGCGCUCCACCAUCACAUCGAGAGAGAUCCAGACCGCCGUGCGUCUGCUGUUGCCCGGUGAACUGGCCAAACACGCCGUGUCUGAGGGCACAAAGGCCGUCACCAAAUACACCAGCUCCAAGUAAAAUAACAUCCUGUUUCUCAACCAACCCAAAGGCUCUUUAAGAGCCACACAUGUUCUCGUUUAAAGAGUUUCUUACAGAAGGUGUUUGUAUGUUGCAAAGAAAGUCUCGCGCGGUCACGGAUGUGGUUUAGUGACGGGAAAUGACGCUUUAAGAAUAACCAACACUCAAAGCGCAAAAGCAUUAAGAUGAGUUCAUUCAAAGCUACUGUACACCAUUGAAUUUACUGUUAUCUGGUGGUCAGAUGCGCAAAUAAACCGUAUGAUUACACACUGAAAAGGAGAGGGGAAAAAAGACACGCACACAUCU